GCAGCCGCCAAACACGGCAGAGUUACGAGCGCUACGUUCAGUGAGAGAACGAAACGACUUAGCGAUAGAAUUCGUCCGGUUUGGUCAAAAGCCACCUAUUGCGCUGUCGACUUACCACUUAAACCCAACGGUCUAUUUCAAACAUUCGAGCAUCGGAGCAAUGGCAGAAAACAUGGACGUGCAAGGCCGCUCACUAUCUCCGCCAAAUACAAAUAAGAGAGGGCAGGUUGUUCACAAACGAGAACGUAUUGUGAUUGUUAAUCUGUAUAAAGAUCUCAAGGUAGAGAAUCCUAGGAUUACGAAAAGAGAGGCACAUGCUAUAUUAUCCAGAAGGACUGGGUUUGGUAUAUUCAGUAUAAAGAAUACAUUGCUACAGUACGAGAACACUGGCAGGGUUACAUCGCCAAAUCAAAAGAAGCGCCGUAUGUCCCGCAACCACUUGGUCGACGAAUUAGACCGAAAUACAAUUCGUAAAAAAGUUCAUGAAUUUUAUUUGAAGAAAGAAUUCCCUACACUAAAAGAAGUUCUGCAUGCUGUAAACGAAGACGAAGACUUACCAAAUUUUAAACGCACGACGUUUUGGAAAUUGUUAAGCGAGCUCAACUUCACCUACGUUUCCCGUCGACAUAAUAGUAUUCUGAUAGAAAGGGAUGACAUCAUUCUCUGGAGGCGAAACUACCUGAAAGCAAUUCGCAAAUUUCGUAAAGAAGGACGGCCUAUAUAUUACUUGGACGAAACGUGGGUCAACGUCGGUGACGUUUCUUCGAAAGUCAAAAAUACUUCCCUUCGAGGGCUGUCAAUAUCGUCUGAUCCUUCUGGGAAGGGGAAGCGAUUAAUUGUUCUGAAUGUUGGAAGUUCAAUUGGAUUUGUACCGAAUGGAUUGUCAUGUUUCGAAUCCAAGAAAUGUACUGCUGUUUAUCACGACGAGAUGAACGGCGACACAUUCCUGGAAUGGUUUGAAAGGGUUCUACCAUCGCUCGCGGACAAUGCAGUUAUUGUCAUGGAUGACGCUCCAUGUCAUUCAGUGAAGUUAGAGAAAUCGCCCGACUCUUCAUGGAAAAAAAUUGAAAUAAUUGAAUGGUUGAAGAGCAAAGGUCAAGUCGCUGAUAUGUCAAUGUUGAAGCCUGAGCUAUUGCAGAUUGUCUCUCUUAUAAAAGAUAAUUCCAAUAAAUACGUAACUGAUGAGAAGGCUAAAGAGCACAACAAAACUGUGCUCAGAUUGCCUCCAUAUCAUUGUGAGCUGAACCCUAUAGGAAUGGCAUGGUCGAUGGUGAAAGAUCAUGUGAAAAGCCAUAAGACAGAAUUUGAAAUUGACGACGUGAAACGAUUACUUAAAGAAGGAGUUGAGCGCGUUACAACGGAACAUUGGGGCAAUUUCGUCAGGCACGUGAUAGAAGCAGAAACAAAAUUAUGGGAAUCCGAUCAAAUAGCAGAUAGAAUGAUUGACGAUAUGCAACCAUUAUUUAUCGACGUUAACGCCGAUAUUGAUUCAGAUGACGAAUCGAGCGAUUAAAAAUGUAUAAGACAUACCCGGUCAGUAUUGAAUACCGCAGAAGAUAGAGAAAAAAAUGCAAAUCGCUCACUCAACGCUCGACUUAUACCAUGGGCUCUUUUCAGAGCCAUCAAUUCGUUUCAUGCUUAGGCUUGAGAAAGAUAUCGAUUACAAAAAUACCGCGAAAAUAUAUGCUCACUCGUGGAAAUCUGACUCGCAGUUAAUUUAUCAGGGUAUCAUGAAUACUUUGACUCGAAUAUUAUCACAGAUUUCCACUGUAGGAAUUGUUCAUUGUUGGGUCACUACCUUGAAACCGGAAUUGCCCAGGUUCGUUGCAGGUACUUACAUAAAUGGUAAUUGGGCCCGGCAUACAACCAUUGGCAUGAGAGAAUUUCAUUUUUAUCUGAAUUGCAUCUGAAUGUGCGUGACGAAUAAAUUAUACUUGGCUCAGACCUUUUGUAUGAAGUAGACGUCCAUCGUCAUCCGGUUACGAUUAACUAUGCAGGAACUUGUUAUCCGGCAAACAUGAGCGUUAUUUGAACAGGAAUUCAAUUAUAGACACUAUUUGCAAUUUAUUUUGAAAGUAAAUUCCAACAUUCCAAAAAUAGUCUCCUUCCAGUCGAAUAUACUAAAUCCCAUUAUCUAGUUCGCAACUUGCUAACCCAUCACUAAA